AUGAACGUCAAGAUGGACAGAACGAACCUCUUGGAUAUCCCCACAGAAGUCAUGGUGGACAUUUUAUUACCCCUCUUAUCAGCUCGAGAACUGAGUAAUAUGAUGAUAUGUUGUAAACGGUCAUAUUCUUUAGUAACAGACGAAUCACUCUGGCGUCUUUUAGUCCAACGCGAUUUCUCUUUCUCUCCUUCUACCCUGGCUAAACCUUCUGAUCCUAGAUGGUUUCGACAUCUUUACCGUGGUUUAUCCCAUCCUAGAACGUUUUUAUGGGGUUCGACGGAUUCAUCAAGAUUAGGGAUUAUAACUGGGGAUCCUAGAUUGGGAAGAGGGGUGAUAAGGAAUCAAAGGUACAUAGAUUCUCCCAUGGAAGUGUACGUCCCACCCGAAGAAGGCGGAGGAGGUACAUGGUCUGAUGGUUUGAGAAAAGAGCUAGGCGUCUUCAGGUCGAGGAUCACUGGGCUGGGUCAAAACGUGGGACCAACUGGAGCUAGAUUGAACCAGUCAAGCAGUGGGACAGUCGGGCGAGAACAAGGGAGAGGGGACAAUGUUAUUGAGAGUAAUGAAAAAUGGAAAGGUCAUGGAGUGGUAGAGUUACAAGCUGGUGGAUGGAGCUUCACUGCCAGGGAUAUGAAUGGGGGUGUUUGGGUAUGGGGUGUUUUAGAUGGACUAGGCCUCAUUAGAUUCUCCGUGAAAAAUUGGUCGCAAUCAAAUUGUCAAAUCCCUCAACCUACUCGUAUCCCUCUACCAUGUCGAGCGACCUCUAUAAGUAGCGGUAGAAAACAUCUUUUAAUUCUCGAUGAAGAUAACCUCAUUUGGGAAUUCACUUCAUAUGGUAAAGCAUAUCGUCAUACCAGUCCUUCUCUCACAGCACCCACAACACCUGGAAACUCUUCUUCUUCAAUCAGAAAACAUAUAAUUCAAUUAUCAACAGGAUGGAAUCAUUCUGCAUGUUUAACAUCAACAGGAAAGAUUUAUAUUUGGUUUCCAUUCUCUUCUUCUUAUAUAUCGACUUUGACACCUGAUGAUCGAUUGGAUGGUCCACUUCGUCCUCUUGGGUCUGAUGAUAAUGAUGAUGAUCGAUCGGUGAGAUGGGGUACAGUGGGGGAUGUGACGACUUUGAUGGAUCCUCUUCCAGUCGCCCCGGUUUGGAUACGGGAAGAAGAGAGGGAUGAGAGGGUUAGAGAUAGAAGGGAGAAGUUGGAAGAUGAAUGGAAAGAAUGGCGUGAGGGGACGAUGAGAGGAAAGAAAGAAGAUGGAGAAAAGGUUGUGAAAAUCGCCUCGGGGUUAGAUUUUGUUGUGGCUUUGAAACAAUGUGGAGAGGUUUGGUUGGCGAAAGUGACAGAAGCGAGUGUGGGGAAUUGGCAAUAUUUACCUUUCUUUUCCUCUCCCCACAUAUCUCACAUAACAGCUCAAUUCGAAUCUCUCACCUCUUAUUCCCUCUCUUCAAAACUCAACCACACCCGUCUUUCCUUCCCCCUCUCUCACCUUUCGUCCCUUUUACCUGAUCCCCUUCCCACUCUUCAAGAGAAAAACGUAAUUCAGGUAGUUUCCGGCGAUUACCACAACGUGGCGCUCACCGCCGACGGAAAGGUUUUUACUUGGGGUAAAGGUGAUCAUGGAGAAUUAGGAUUAGGCAGAACGGAAUAUGAACGUAUGAGAACUGUGGAUGAGCCUAGAGAGGUCGAUUUCGGGGAGAAGGUAUUCGCGUUUGGUUUAGCGGCGGCUGGUUGGCAUACAGGAGCAUUGGUUUUAGGCAAAAACGCGUUUAUGUCUAUCAAUGAUUCGACUGAGAAUGGCCAUAAGCAGAGUUCCAUGGAAGAAAACACUGGAGAUAUAGAUGGGAAGGACGGAAAUGGGACAGAGGGUAAUGAAGAUGAACCAACGCACGAGGCCGUAGGGGUGGAGGAGAGAGAAGAGAGCGGGGAUACAGUACAAGAAGGAAGAAUGCCAGGAGAGUUUCCUGGAGGAACUUUUGCUGUCCCGUUUAGGAUUGGUUUUCCCGGUCGAGCGAUGGACGGUGCUAGGAUGACAGUGGAAAGACAUUGGAGAUCUAGAAAUCCUGAUUCCGGACCAUCGCACGGAACUUAG